AUGACACGGUCACAGGUGGGCCCUCCCACUCCCAGUCCCACUUCUUCCCCCUACCCCUUCCCAACCAUCGACGACCGCGUCCAACAAAGCAUCGACCUUUGGGCGCGCAACCUCCGCACACUCUUCGACGACGCACGGGAACGCUUCUCGGAUGUGUCGUGGGAGACGGAUAUUGGCGACCGCGUGUGGGCACAUAAAGCCAUCGUCUAUGUGCGCGCUCCCAAAGCUUUCAAAGACCGCUAUUUCAUCACCGGGGCCAAAAGCAUCACGCUCGCGCGCUCGCCCACAAGCUUAAGCGGACCCUCCCCAACACCCUACCUCCUCUCCGCAAGCUCUGCUCACGGAAGCCCCUCUCCCAAUCCAUGGCGCGCUGCAUCGUCGUCCCUCUCGGUCGACACGGCAGGGAGCGAUGGCACGCUUCGCGCGCCGACCGUCAGCGUUGCGGGCUCGAGCGCCGACGGCGUGCUCCGUUUACGACACGAGGACGCGCCGGAGCUGUUCCGUGCCCAGCUCGAAUGGCUGUACACGGGCGAGGGGUUUGGCGAUGUCGUCGAGUGGAUCAGCGGCGAGCGUGAAGGUACUUCGAACACGUCUCUUCGCGAUAGUCUGGGGCGGCGAGGAGACGUGUCCGAGCGCCGAGACAAGCUCGGCCAGGACCUCACGUACAUGUGGACGAGCAAGCUGUACUGCGACGUCCGGAUCCAUCUCGCCUCUCCAGAAGGCGAUGGGUAUGACUCGGACAGCUCUGGCGCGUCAGACGACUCGCUUGCAGCAACGGUCAUCUUCACCGCACACCGCUUCAUGCUCAUCAGCCGGUCACCGUACUUCGCCACCCUGUUCCUCAACGAAGACUUCCGCCCCUCCACUGCCGACGUCCACCUUUCCACACCUCCCUUUACCCCCGCCGCGCUCCACUUCUGUCUCGGGUGGAUGUACGCUGGACACCUCGACUUCUCCAACCGCUCGUACGACCUCCUCACCGCCUUCCAGAUAUACCGCGCAGCCGAAUAUCUCCAACUCGACUGCCUGGUCGAGGAGAUCGAGUCGCGCAUCGUGCACGACUUUUGCGAUGGUCUCGACUACAACAGGUGUCACUGCCGCCGCUGCCUCAGUCGUGUGCCUCGCGUUUGGCGCUUCGCCGGUGCCAGCGACGUCGGUGCGCUCGAGUUACAGCGUCGUGCGCGUCGCUUCAUCCUCCGCGGAUGGGGCGAGACGUGGGGCCGUGAGAUUGGGAUGGCGGAAAAGGCAGAGCGCGAUGACCUCGUCAGAGAUGUCCUUUCGUCCAUGACGCCGAGCAGCGUCGUCGGCGCAUUCCGCGCGAUCGCAAACAUCCGCCGCCGCAUCGACCACUUUACACAUACCCGUGGCGCAGACACGACCGGCUGGGUCGAUUCCAUCAACGACAUGGUCCAGCCGAUCCAGCGACGCGCGCGCGAGUUCCUCGCCUCCAGCUUCCCGCAGGUGUGCGAGUCGAAGGAGCUCUGGGACCUCUUCUCGGGCAAGGGCUUCGCGGACGAGGUACUUGACAUCUUCUGGCGCGAAGUUGUGGAAAUGACCGGCCGAUCCCCGACGUUCACCGUGGCUCCAGUCGUAUACGAGACGAUCGUGACUGCACUGCUGCGCAAGGUCGACCCGAAAACACUCGAGGCUGUACUUCCGACCCGCUCGGCAAAUCGACACAAGGUUGAGAUGGCACGAGACGCAGUCCUGAAGCAUAUCAAGAAGCGUUGGGUUUCGAUCCAAAACGAGGGUGGCUUUGUGGCGCUCAAGGGGCGAACCCUUCAAGAGAUCGCCAGCGCUAUUGAGGUGCCCGCCAAAGAGCUCGCCGCGACUCCGCAGGUCCCCUUUCCACGCGUGCGCGACAAUGGAUUCCCCCGAACAACGUCACGAGCACAAGGUCUGGGCGAUCGCGUCCGGAGGACCUCUGCUCGCAACUCGGUCCAGUCUGACACAGCGACAGAGCCGAACGGGCUACGGAGACUGCGCCUGUCAUCCUCGGCGUCAAUCACCAGCACUACCUCGACAUCCCGUGCCCCAAGCGCGCCGCAGCGGCCUGCACCAACGGGCCCUCAAGCCCGCUCGCCAACCGCAGCUGGCAGGACACCCGUUGUGUCAGUGGGGUCCAAGCGCGGCCUUCGCUCGGGCCAGAACUCGCCCACUCCCAGCCGACAGGGGCAAGUGAUGAGCGGCCCUCCACGCCCGCUCCUUACGGGUGUGGGUCGCGUCACGCGUCAAGGGUCUGCUAGUAGCAGGCCGUCCUCACCUGCCAUCAGCUCCCCGCUAUCACCCGCUGUGCGCGCCGAAUCGCCUGCUCCACUCCGUCUCCCCUCAUCCUCCAGAACGUCAUCUCUCGCCUCUCACUCACGCAACCCCUCGUCCACAUCCCAACCACCCACUCCCACAUCCCCAGUCCAGAGUAUACGAACCCAACGAUCCACAGCGUCCGUACGAUCUGCCGCGUCACGCGCGACCGCUGCGUCAACGUCCAAGGCCAGGAUGCCAGCUGUAACGGCCAGUUCCACUGCGGCCAAGCCGAACAGCAUCAAACCCGUGCGUGGCGAGAGCAGCGCGGCCAAGCCGGCCUCGACGGUGCGCCCGAGGACCGUGUCGACUGCCGAGGUCAAGCCGAGUCGCGUGAGCGACGCAGCGAAGCCGACUCGCCCAAUUGCGUCGUCGAGCCGGCUCAGCGACACGGCAGUGACUCGCCAACGGACCGUCUCCACGGCGUCCAAGGCGCCGGACGUGACUGCGAGAGCACGCACCGUCUCAGCGGCACGUGCUGAGUCCUCAAAGCUCACAUCAACCCUCGCGACGCGGACUCGUGACCUCUCGACAACGGCGCCUUCGGAAACCAAGCCUCCAGCGGUGCGGAAACGUACGGUGUCGACAGCUAGUCGCGCUCCCGAGCCCAAACCUACCCCGCCAACGCGGACGCGGACACUAUCGACUGCGACCACCAGCACCGGUCCUGGAACGGCUGCCGCUGCGGCUGCGUCGAGGCAGCGCACAUUGUCAGCGGCGAGUACCCGCUCCCGUGCACCCAGCAUGUCCUCCCUCGCGCCGAGUGUCGGUACCGUGGCUAGUCGCACGUCGACAAUGUCAUCCGCGAGCACAGCGGCCAAGGCCCGCGCGUCGACUGGCUCGAUGCGGACCACUGUGAGCUCGAGCAAGGCGACGCCCGUGCCCAAGGUUGCGGCCAAGCCGACUGCGGCAGCUAGGGCGACGCCGGCUGUCCGGCCCACCCCCAGCACUGCAGCGAAAGCCGGCCCAAGUACCGCAAAAGCUUCGUCCAGUACGCCAGCCAAGGCCGCCUCCAUUGCACCCAGCAAGGCAGCUUCCAUCACCGCCUCGAGACCGCCCGCGCUCAGGACCUCGGCGUCGACCAAGUCGCUCGCGUCGACCUCAUCACUCGGCGCCCGCGCGUCUACCGUCCCGCGAACGCCCACCACCUCAACCAAGACGGUGACACCGAGCGCCUCGUCUUCGCGCCUCACCACGACGACCCCACGCACCCGUGCCACCUCGCUGAACACGCAAGCAACGCCUCCGCCUCGUCCCCGCACCUCCUCCUCCCACACGCCAUGGAAGCGUGCAACGCCUCUUCCGCCAACCGUCGCCGGCGUCGCGGGCCAGCGCGCGCCGCGCCAACGGCCGAGCCUUCGCUCAUUAAGCGGGAGCACGGAAGGGCCACCCGAGGCGAUCACGCCGCGCGUGAGCGACGCGACCGAGCCGAUCCUCGUGUUAGACGAGGACAACGAGCUGACCUUUGAGCGCGAGCGCGAGCGCAAUGCGGACAAGGUCCCACCCGUCCCGCCGAUCCCCGAGAGUGUACGGCGGCGGAGCACCGCCGAAGUCGUUGUCGAGGUCAGCGUGCCUGAGGAGAAUGAGGAUGAGCUGGCGGAGGAGCUGGCCAUCCCGCAGGUCGUCGAGGAGGCGCCGAGCGACUCGGAGAGUGUGUACGAGAAUAGCGCGUACGACGAGACGGCGUCGAACAAGGACAGCGCGUACGCUGAGUCGGACCGGGACAGCACGUACCAGGAGUCCGUGGCGUCUGCUGUGCGGUCUGUGGUUUCGCAAGAGUCUGUCGCCUCCAAGAAUACCGCUUCCGAGCGCACAGAGGACGAGCACGACGGAUCUGUCAACGGGAAUGUCGAGCGGUCGGCAGAACAGUCUAACGGCGCACUGGUGGACCAGCCUGUUGACACUUUGGUGGACGAGGCCGAGAUGGCCGCAGACGCGGCAGAGCGCACGACACCUCCGGCGUCAACCCACGCGCCGUCGCCUAACGGCACACCGACGCCGAGAGAGCGAGGCCGAGACACAGAACCGCCACUCAUGCUCAACAGAGACUCUGAGCGCGAGGCCAAGACACCCACGCCGGCCUCGCCGUUCCCACCAAGCCGAACGCGCACGCCAACCGCGUCGUCACAGGCUUCUCUGACGUCGCAGGCCUCAGUGGCCUCGCAUUCAUCUGCGUCGCAAAGACCCCAACCGUCGCACACCUCGCUCGCGCCGGCGCCAGCUCUCCGCUCACCCGUAUCUGCGGACCAGCUCCGCCCCGUCUCUGAGCAUCUACGCUCCCCCGCGUCGACGGACCAACUGCGUCCUGCCCACCUCCGCUCUCCGCCUACCACGCGCGCUCCACUGCCAAUCCCCACCCUUCGCGCGCCUGGAGCCUCACCCCCUUCGCCACCCCGCUACCUCUCCGCCAACGCCCGCUCCCCACGCUCAUCCUACUCGUCGUCUCCCAUGAGCGUCAUCUCCCGCGUCGCCAGCGAAUCCGGCUCCCUCCGCUCCCUCAAUUCCGGCUGGCACCCCGCCCACGCUUUUGACCCCCCCAAGAAAGCAGCGGCCCCAACCCCCCUCCCACCCCCUCCAACCCCUGAGGAAGAAGACGGCUGCGAGCCCUACUCUGGUCUCGGCGUCCAUCUACACAUUGGUAUCCCAGCCAUUGUAACCCGCGGCCGGCGCCGUUUCCGCGCCAACGUAAAAUACCUCGGCACGCUCGCCUCCCGCUCUGGUGCCUGGGUCGGCCUCGAGAUCCAAGACCGCGAGUUGGGCAUGGACACUCUACCAACCGGUGCCAUUGACGGCAUCAGGUAUUUCCACUUCACCCCGCCCCCCGAUGUUCCAGGCGACAAUGACAAGGGCGACCGACUACGCCGUAUCGCCAUGAUUGCUGACGAAUUGCGCCGCACUCCAAACCAGAAUCAGAACAAGCUGGGACUGGGCCUGAUGCGCUCGGCCAGCCCGUUCUCCAUCACGGACGGCGGACCGGAACGGCCCCGCGCCAUGUUUGUGCGUCCGUCAGACGUCUUGUUCGUCAUGGGGAGUGGCGAGUAA